GGCCCGUUACCUCGGCCGGCAGCCGGGAGGAAACUGGCCGGCCUCGGCCCCUUCCCAAAGCCCUGGGCGCAGGGAGCGGGGGCGCCAGCAGCCCCCGCGCGGAUCGCUCAUAGGCGUCUGAGAGGGGCCUGGGCCGGCUCCCGGAAGGCUGUGCCCCCGGCUCUCCUCCGCGGCACCCCCCGCCGCUCGUCCGCAGUGGAGGGGCCCACGGGACACUAUGUAAGUGCUGCUGACGGCAGCGUUCUAAUUCGGAACGCGGGCGGCGCCACCGGUCCAUCGCGCUGCAGCUAGCCGUCCGCCUCUCGCAGACAAAGCCGGGGCUCCAGCCAUGGCGGUGCAAGUCCAUGUGGUUUACUGUGGUGCCUGAGGCUAUAAGCCCAAGUUUCUGUUGCUGAAGAAGAAGCUAGAGGAUGAAUUCCCCGGCCUCCUGACCAUCAAUGGCGAAGGCACCCAGGGGGUCACCGGCUUCUUUGAAGUAACAGUUGCUGGGAAACUUGUCCAUUCCAAGAAGGCUGGACAUGGCUUUGUGGACUCCUCAGAGAAAUACCUGCAGAUUGUGGCAGAGAUCAAGGCGAUCCUGGGUUAGCCGGGCCUGAAGGCAGAGCUCAGGGGCCUUGUCCCCAUCCCUGCCCAGCGAUGCUUCAUGACGGGAAGGACUGAAAUGUCCCCUGGAUGCCUGGUUCUUCUCUGAAAUCCUUGCACCUGUUGGGCCGGGGCUGAGGCCGACGCCCCUGGAUUCUGCCCUGCGUGCAUCCUCCUGCCUGUCCCCUCGCCCAGGUUCUCGCUUCUCCUACCAGUUCCUGGGAUUCCGGCCUCCUCCUGCACCCCAAAUGCCGUCUCUCUUCAUUAGCCCCUCCUAGGCGGGGCCUUCCCUCUUCCCUGCCCAGGGGCCGGCCCUGCGUCCUCACCAGCUCAGCUGGAAAGUGAGAGGGCCCAGAGUUGGUUGCCCUGUACCUUGGAGAGCAGCCUUUGCCCCGACUGAGGAUGGAGGGAGGCUCCCACCUGGGCUGGCGGGGCUUGAGAAGGUCUGUGGAAACCCAGGAAACAGCCUUAACCUUAAGGGCUAAUUAAUAAAUUAAAAACUUAAAUUUU